AUGGCCAAUACCACUGGAGAGCCCGAGGAGGUGAGCGGUGCAUUAUCCCUACCGUCAGCAUCAGCUUAUGUGAAGUUGGUGCUUCUGGGAUUGAUCAUGUGUGUGAGCCUGGCAGGCAAUGCCAUUUUGUCCUUGCUGGUACUCAAGGAGCGUGCCCUGCACAAGGCUCCUUACUACUUUCUGCUGGACCUAUGCCUGGCUGAUGGCAUACGCUCUGCCGUCUGCUUCCCCUUUGUGCUGGCUUCUGUGCGCCACGGCUCCUCAUGGACCUUCAGUGCACUCAGCUGCAAGAUUGUGGCUUUUAUGGCCGUGCUCUUUUGCUUCCAUGCAGCCUUCAUGCUCUUCUGCAUCAGCGUCACUCGCUACAUGGCCAUCGCCCACCACCGCUUCUACACCAAGCGCAUGACACUCUGGACAUGUGCAGCUGUAAUCUGCAUGGCCUGGACCCUGUCUGUAGCCAUGGCCUUCCCACCCGUCUUUGAUGUGGGCACUUAUAAGUUUAUUCGUGAGGAAGACCAGUGCAUCUUUGAGCAUCGCUACUUCAAGGCCAAUGACACACUGGGCUUCAUGCUUAUGUUGGCUGUGCUCAUGGCAGCCACACACGCCGUCUAUGGCAAGCUGCUCCUCUUUGAGUAUCGUCACCGCAAAAUGAAGCCAGUGCAGAUGGUGCCAGCCAUCAGCCAGAACUGGACAUUCCAUGGCCCUGGGGCUACCGGCCAGGCUGCUGCCAACUGGAUCGCUGGCUUUGGCCGUGGGCCCAUGCCACCAACCCUGCUGGGUAUCAGGCAGAAUGGGCAUGUGGGCAGCAGACGGCUACUGGGUAUGGAUGAGGUCAAGGGUGAAAAGCAGCUGGGCCGCAUGUUCUACGCAAUCACUCUGCUCUUCCUACUCCUCUGGUCACCCUACAUCGUGGCCUGCUACUGGCGAGUGUUUGUGAAAGCCUGUGCCGUGCCCCAUCACUAUCUGGCUACUGCUGUUUGGAUGAGCUUCGCCCAGGCUGCUGUCAACCCGAUUGUCUGCUUCCUGCUCAACAAGGACCUGAAGAAGUGCCUGAGAACUCAUGCCCCCUGCUGGGGCACAGGAGGUGCUCCGGCUCCCAGAGAACCCUACUGUGUCAUGUAA